AUGGCUCCUUCCGCUACAGAAGCCCAAUCAGCAACAGUCCCCAUCCUUACCAAAGGCGACGACAACGUCAAGGCAAACCUUGCUCCUCAAGAAAAGUGGCUGAAAAGCACCGGCGCCCUAGAUCAGUUUGAGUCUUUUGAUGUCACUCCUGUUAUUGGCCGCGAGUAUCCAAAUGUCAAUUUGGUAGAAUGGUUACAAGCUCCCAAUGCGGAUGAGCUCCUGCGUGAGCUUGCUCUAACCAUAUCUCAGCGUGGUGUGGUAUUUUUCCGCGCACAAGACAAUCUUACUCCAGAUUUACAAAAAGAACUCGUCCAGCGCAUCGGUCUUCUUUCAGGAAAACCAUCCACAUCAGGUCUUCACAUUCAUCCUUUGCUCAACCCUGAAAGAGAGGGAUAUCGUGUGACAGACCCAGAAAUUAGUACCAUCGACUCUGUUCUCAACAAAAAACUCUACAGCAACACGAAAUUUGACCGAGCCAAUGGCCUUUCAAAUUCGUCCAAAUGGCACGCAGACAUAUCUUUUGAACCAAAGCCAGCGGAUUAUUCCAGUUUAAAGCUAGAGGUACUCCCAAAAACAGGAGGCGACACAUUGUGGGCAAGUGGGUAUGAGAUUUAUGACCGUAUCUCAGAACCUUAUCAGAAAUUCCUCGAAACUCUGACAGUGACAUUCCAACAACCUGGGUUCAUUGAAGCUGCAGCAAAUGGUGGAUUUGAGUUGUACGACAAGCCAAGAGGAGCUCCAGAAAAUAUAGGAAAGGAGUUGAAAGCCGUACAUCCAGUAGUGAGAACUAACCCAGUGACUGGAUGGAAAUCGGUUUUCCCAGUUGGAGGUCAUGUUAGCCACAUCAACGACGUUACUCGAUGGGAGAGUCAAGCAUUAUUGGAAUGGUUUAAGCGAUUGUUGGUGGACAACCAUGAUUUGCAGGUACGGUUCAAGUGGAAGAACCAGAAUGAUCUUGCUAUCUGGGAUAAUCGUUCAACUUUCCACACAGCUACGGAUGAUCUUGAAGGACAGGGUGAGAGAUAUGGUGUCAGAGCUGUUAGCGUUGGGGAAAAACCUUUCUUUGACCCUGAAAGCAAGUCCAGAAGAGAUGCCUUGGGCAUUUAA